UGACAUUAGUACUCAUGAGAGGGUUGGUACAAAUUUCAAAGUGCUAAAUGCAGUUCUUCAAAAGGUCUGGGGGUGACAUUAAAAAUGUUUUUUUUUCAGUAUCUGAGACUAUUGUAUACAUAUACUACUGUCAAAAUUGACUUGCUCCUCUCCAGAGUCAGUCUUCAAUUAAAUUAACAAACCAUGUUGAAAAACUUUUUAUUGUCGCAGCAAAUUUCAUCCAUAGGAUCAAGGUUUCCAGCAGCACCUGCACAGUUUGCAGUACGAAGUUAUGCCAUUUAUUCCCCUGACAAAUAUUUGGAGCCAAUAUAUGAAAAAGAGCAGCUGGAAGAAAUUUUUCAAAACAAAGAAAUAAAAGAGAGGCUUCAGUUCAGCCAAAUCAAGCCAGCUGAACAAAGCAGAUCUUGGAGCUUCUUUGACCAUCCAAGAGUGAACCGACUCUGCAAUUAUGUCAUGAAAGAAGGAAAUAAAGUUUUGGCCCGGAACCUCGUUGAAGAAACGUUCACGCGCAUCAAAAGGAAGCAGCUGCGUGCCUACCACACGGCGGAGACGGACGAGGAGCGUCGUAACAUCGUCUGUGAUCCUCUCACCAUUUACCUCGGCGCCGUCGAGAACUGCAGGCCCUUCCUCGACCUGCUGCCUAUCAAGAGAGGCGGCAUCACCUACCAGGUGCCGGUACCCAUGUCGGAGAAGCACAGCUACUUCAUCGCGACGCGGUGGCUCGUGCACGCAGGGCGCGACCGGCCUACACGACGCGUGCACUUCCCUGAGAACUUGGCCAAUGAGCUCAUCGAUGCUUUCUAUGGCAGGGGUCGAGUUGUUCAACAGAAGAAUGACCUUCACAAGCAGUGCGAGGCCAACAGAGCGUAUGCUCACUACAGAUAAUUGCUUCACGCCGUGUCCAUAUUGUGCUAUGAAUUUAUAGAACAGUUUUUCAAAUGUACCUCAAUUAGAGUUGAUCAGUUUACGCUUGAAAAUGUUAUAAGUUUGAAGUAAGAUGUUUUGAGUAAACUUGGCUCACAUGUUA